UUUUUUAUUCUAUUCUAUACCCCUUUUUAUUGUUAUUAUUGUUAUUCUUUCUAAUUAUUAUAAAACAUAAUUAUUCUUUCUUUCUUUCUUGUGUAAUUCACUCUUGAUAUUUCAUUAAACAAACUCAUAUGACAGAAACUUUAAAGACAGUUUAUGCAAUCCAUGAUUUCAAGGCAGAAAACGAGGAUGAAUUAAAUUUUCAAAAUGGUGAAGCAGUUAUUGUUCUUCAGAACGAUAGUGGUUUCGAUGAUGGUUGGUGGAAGGGUCAAAACACAAAAGGUGAAAUAGGUUUAUUUCCAGUCAAUUUCAUUACGUUUCAGAAACCAGUUAAUACUCAACAAGUAUCAGAACAACAACAACAACAACCUUAUACACCUGUAUCAGCUUCUGGUGAUAUAUUAAAACAGGAUGUACAUUCAAUUACAGAGGAUCAUAAACAGCAACAGCAACAGCAACAGCAACAGAAACAUGAUUCACUUAUUUCUACGCAAUUUUCUAUUGAUGAUCCUGUUACAUCUUAUCUAACCGAUUCUUCAAGUUGUUCGACAUCAUCAAGUAGCAGUGCUGUUUCUUUUGAUAACACUGUAAAUAAUAAUUGCAAUACACUAAGAAGGUUGAUAAUAGAUGCAUCUUUUCUACCUGAAUUAAGCUCAACAUCACCAGAAGAUUGGGGUGUGAAUCAAGUUGAAGUAUGGUUGAAAGCAAUUCAUUUUGAUAGUAUAGCGACCAAUUUUAAAUUACAAGAAAUUACAGGAGAUGUUUUAUUAGAAUUAAAUAUGAAUUCACUUAAAGAACUAGAUGUGCCUACUUAUGGAAAGAGAUUUAAACUUUUUACUGCUAUUAAAACACUUCGAGAAGAAUAUGGUUAUCGACCUGCACAACGAAUGUCAGAUAGCUACUUUAUAAAUAAUCCUCGACGAAUUUAUCAGAAGAAAGAUAUCCUUUCAGCAUCUACUAUUUCAACUAAUCCUUCUCCUUCUAGAAAUAUGUUAUUAAAUCAUCAUUAUCAUCCCUUAGACGUUUCUCUAUCUAAUUACUAUUACAACUCAUCGCCAACAAAAUUUUCUGAAAGACAAAGUAAAAGGAAUCAAAAUCGUCAUCAUAGUAAAUUCAGGAGGAAUAUGUAUAAUGACGAAUCUUUUAAUAGAAUAAACUCUUGUAUGUCUCCUAUUUCAAAUUAUGACUGUAUAUCAAUAAAUAACCAACACCAUCAUAACUUACCAGCAUUAUCAAAUAAAAUACAUAUAGACUUAACUCAUCAAUUGCAUAACCAUCCAACAGAUGUACCCAUGAUUAGGGAUAGUUCACUGGAAUUCUAUUUUAAUAAUCAUCAAAAAAACACAGAUGUGGCCCCUGACAUGGAAGGUUGGCUUUAUAAACAAGGAUGUAAAUAUAAAAACUGGAAUAAGCGUUGGUUUGUGCUAAAAGGUACCAAUUUAUUUUAUUUUAAAAGUCCAACGGAUGUCCGUAUGAAAGGAAUCAUCAAUUUAAGGGGCUAUAAAAUUAUAGCAGAUGAAACAAUCCAGCCUGGCAAAUAUUCUUUUAAAGCUCAACAUGAAAAGGAGCGAACAUUUUAUUUUUAUACCGAAAUUGAUACCAUUAUGAAAACAUGGGUCAAGUGUCUUAUGAAAGCAACAAUUUCAAGAGAUUUCAAUAUACCUGUAUUAAGUUCUAGUUUAGUUCCUACUGUUUCAUUAGACGUUGCUCGUCGUAUGCGACCAAGACCUCCUUCUAUUUUACUUUAUAACGAUACUACUACUCGAAAUAGUGACAAUAGUGAUCUUCCUUCCUCCGACACAGCAUCUUCCUAUAUGUCAGUCGUAGAGCAUAACUAUGAACAAAGUUUCCAAGCUUCUGAUAAGAGUUACUCAAAUUCUAUUGUCAAACCAUCAAAUGCAGCUGUUUCAGAUAUGAGAACUGUGUCACCAGAUUAUAGAGACAAACCAAAUAAUCAGGAUUCGGGCUUUCACGAUCGUAAUAGUACAAUAGAACAAGCGCAUUUAAAUAGAGUGAUAAAUGAACAAGAGAAUAACGGGGAAGCAAAUUUAAACGGACAUAUAAUUAAAAAACAAAGACAAGAAGAAAAAUCGACACUACGUACCUCAUUUACUUCAUGGACUGCAGCAGAAUAUAUUCAAUGGGUGAAUACCAUUAGUAACCCUAAUAAAAUUUCCCAAUUGAAGGAUUUAAAACAAGGGGAUAUUUUGAUCAAUUUAUUAGAAGAAUUGAGUGGUAAACAACUCAAACAAUUACCUCCAUCAUCUACUGGUACUAAUAGUAUGUUGAUGUUGGAUAACAUGGUGGCUGUUUUCAAAUUUAUGAGCAUGGAGAACAUUGAUACAGAGGACCAAUUUACAAUAAAAGAUAUCUUGGAUGGUAACGAAGAGAUGAUUAUGCUCAUGUUACAGGCUAUCCUUAAAUGGUCCAUUCGUUCCAACAACGUUGCUUAAACAUAGCUCCUCUCUUUACACCUUUUUACGCAAUAAUGUUCCUUCUUUUAAUCCUCUUUUGAAUACAUAUUUUAUACAAAAACAAAAAACACCAGAGUUUGACAGACAAAUAUUAUACCUAAAAAAUUUAACAAGAUAAUAUAAUAAUACCUUCAUAUAUGUAUAUAUACAUAUAUAUAAGAACAUAUAUUGUUAUAUAUAAUAAAUAUAUUGUAUCUCACACACUAAUAGUAAAUCAUGAAUUCCUUCAUUUUUAUUAUAU